AUGAUUCAUUUUAUAAGCAAGAAUUUGCAAAAUCUAAGGCCUAUAGUUUUGACUUCAAGACAUGUCUUUUUAUUCUCAACCUCAACUGUCAAACAAACCUUAAAAAGCUCGAAUUCAGCAGAGCCACAGACUCUUACAGUUUCUUACCUCAUAAACUCAUGUGGGUUAUCCUUAGAAUCAGCUAAAGCAGCUUCCAAGAAGCUCCAACUGGGCACCACUGACCAACCAGAGUCAGUAUUGAACCUCUUGAAAGGGCAUGGGUUAACCCAAACACAGAUAAAGAAAUUGGUCGCCACUCGUCCGCUGAUUCUUUUGGCUGACCCACUCAAAACCCUUAAACCCAACUUCGAGUUGCUGAAGACAAUGGGAUUUUCUGGUGUUAACCUGGUGAAACUACUCCAAAGAGACCCAAGAAUACUUGAAACCGAUGCACAUACAGUAGUUGAGUUCUUUAGGGCUUAUGGAUUCAGUGAAAAGCAAAUUUCAACAUUGACCAUGAAGCGCCCCAAUUUAUAUUUAUAUAAUGCACAAAAAAUUUUCACGCCUAAGUUGGAGUUUUUCAAAUCUGUUGGCCUGUCUGGAGAAGAAAUUGCUCAAAUAUUGUCCUCAGAGCCUUAUAUUUUGGAAAGGAGUCUCGAAAAUCAUAUCAUACCUUCUGUUGAUGUCAUAAGGCGUAUCCUUGGCACCGAUGAGAAAGUAUUGAAAGCAAUCAAGGCAUGCUACCGCAUACUUGAAUACAAUUUGGAGGAGGUACUUGGUCGAAACAUUGAAAUCUUGAUGAAUCAUGGUGUACCCAAGUCAAUAGUUUUGAAAUUGAUGAUGAUUCAACCAAAGUCGCUGCUUGUGAGAACUACUCGAUUUGGAGAGGUUGUCGGUGAAAUAACGAAAUUAGGUUUUAAUCCCUCUUCUCUACUAUUUGUUUUAGCUGUCCGCUCAAUGGCAGUCACGAGCAAAUCACUGUGGGAACGGAAAUUUGGAGUUUAUUGUAGUUAUGGUUUGUCAGAGGAUGAGAUUAUUAAAGCAUUCAAAUUGCAGCCCAUGUGUAUGAUCACUUCAGAAAAGAAAAUCCAGAAAUUGAUGACUUUCUUUGUGAAUGAGCUGAAGUUGAAGCCUUCGAUGAUUUCCAAGAAUCCGAAUCUUAUGCUACUUAGCUUGGAAAAGAGGAUUAUCCCAAGGUGUUCAGUUUUACAACUUUUGAUGUCAAAGAAUCUGAUUAGGAGAGAUACGAGCUUAGUUUUCGCCUUCAGAAUGUCGGAAAAGAUGUUUAUGGGGAAGUUUGUGAGCAAGUAUCAGAACGUGAUUCCUGAAGUUGUUGAAGCAUAUGAAGGCAAGAUAAAGUUUCAGGGAUUUCCUGUUGCUUUAAAAAUGUAA